AUGGUCGCCAUCGCCACCUCCUUCUCCGCCGCCGCCGCCGUCGCCGUCGCCCGCCGGAGCUCCCCGGCUCACCUCCAGCUCGUCGCUCGCCGCCGCCUCCCGUUCUGCACCGCUGCCUCCUCUUCCUCCGCGCCACCUGCUGCUGCGGCGGGCUUUGGGUGGGCCGACGCCCUCCGAGUUGCCAGCGAAUUCGGGGUCGGCGAUGAGUCCGACCUUUCGGGGUACUUCCGGAAGGUCGACAUCUGCAACCGAGGAAUGGGUGAUAAGGGGGAGUUUGUGGAGUUCAUGGUUGAGGAUCAAGUGGUGGGAUACAUCCACAAGGGUUUUACCGAACAUCUGAGGGACUUCCAUGAUGUUUUUACCAUUGUCUCGGGCAACAAUGGCAAGAACAGUGUGGACCACGUGACUCUCCACUCAUCGCUCAGGACUCCAGAAGAUCGAACAAUCGCCAUCGGAGAUGUCAUAAAAGGCCUAGGGGAACUCAUUUCUGGUAUACGAAAUGAGCUCUAUCCAGUAACCUCAUCUUACGGCAUGCCUGUGUAUUUCUCUCUGGAACGUGCUGCUGCUCCCUACUUUGGUAUAAAGGCUUAUGGUGUUCAUAUGAAUGGGUACAUUGAGAAGCGUGGUGAAAAAUCUCUUUGGAUUGGUAAGAGAAGUGAUGAGAAGCAAACUUACCCUGGGAUGCUAGAUCAUCUUGUUGCUGGUGGCCUGCCUUACGGAAUCUCCUGUAAAGAGAAUAUCAUCAAGGAAUGUGAAGAGGAAGCAGGAAUACCAAGAUCCAUGUCAACCAACGCUACUUCUGUUGGAGCCGUUUCUUACAUGGAUAUCAAUGGGUUUAGAUACAAAAGGGAUGUUCUGUUCUGCUAUGACCUUAGACUUCCUGUAGAUUUCGUUCCUAAUAAUGAAGAUGGAGAAGUUGAUAGCUUCAGGCUAAUCCCUGUACCACAUGCUGCAAACAUUAUACGGAGGACAGAUUUUUUCAAGUCAAACUGCAACCUUGUGAUCAUUGACUUCCUCUUCCGUCAUGGGUACAUAAACCCAGACUGUAAUGGGUACCUGAAGCUGCUGACAAGUUUGAGGAGUGGUGAUUGUUCCUAG